CUCACCUGCGCUGCGUACAACGCAGCAACUCUCGCUCUCAGCAGUAGUGUAGUGUCUGUCGUGUGCUCGUUUCGACGGCGCGUGGACAAAGAUGGCUGCAGCACACGCCUACCUUGGCUACUGCUACUGGCUUCUCGUCGUCAACAAUGUGAUUCGAGCACAAGAUUCGCGUAGUCGUUACGCGAACACUCAUUACAACCCUGCCGACACUUACGGACCACAACCACCAAAUUCGCCUAGUUACAGUACGUACUUCUUCAAGGACCGCAGAUAUGGGUACCAACCGAGUUACCUGGACCCUUGGUACAAUCGUGGACCCACCAGAGCACCCGAGGACCGUUUUCAAUUCGACGCAACUGAAAGAGCUCCUUUACCCGGGGUCUUGGGUGGUUGGCGCGCCGACCUUCAAGGUCGCGAACGCACUGAUUCGAAAAAUCUAGAGCGCGAUGUAUUCGUGACAACUCACUACGGUUCUGUGCAAGGGUUCAAAGUUUAUCUGUACGAUCAGCCAGAGGCGAGGCAUCGCUCUUGGAGUCUUCCUGUCGAGCGUGUCACAUCGAGUGUCAAUGUGUUUCUUGGUAUUCCGUAUGCAAUGCCACCUGUUAAAGAGGGCAGAUUCAAACCGCCUCGUGUUCACAAAGGUUGGCAUCUGAUGCAAGCUGUCGAUUGGGGACCAGCGUGUCCGCAACCUAGCCAAUAUACAGGGGCUACCAAGGGCGUUAAUGACGUCGAUGAGGACUGCCUGUAUCUCAAUAUUUUUAGCCCUAAUAUCAAUUCUGGAUUGGCCAGAAUGUACCCAGUGAUGUUUUACAUUCAUGGCGGUGAAUUCAUUCACGGAGCCAGUAAUCUUUUCCCAGCUCACAUACUCGCUGGAUUUUACAAUGUUACCGUUGUUUCCAUUAAUUACCGUCUCGGUGCUUUAGGUUUUUUAAGUACUGGUGACGAAAAUAGUCCUGGCAACUACGGUAUUCUCGACAUGGCGAUGGCAUUGAGAUGGGUUUAUGAAAAUAUUAAAUUUUUCAAUGGUGAUCCUGAAAAAAUUACACUGUUUGGUCCUGGUGCUGGAGCUGCCAGUGCUGGUCUUUUAAUGUCUGCACCAAGAACACGUCAUAUGGUCUCCAAAGUGAUCGCACAAUCAGGUUCAGCUCUUGCCGACUGGUCACUAAUAGUCGAUAUGUAUCGGGCACAAAAUACCUCACGAGUUUAUGCUGAAAUGUUAGGUUGCAGUAUCGAGAGUAGCUGGAAACUCGUACAAUGUUUGAAAGAUGGUAGAAGCUUUUACGAACUUGGUAACGCUGAAUUCAAACCACACGUUGGUAUGUUUCCUUGGGCACCGGUUCUCGAUGUCAAUUUCACUGUGCCCAGAGAUUAUUACGACUCUUGGAGUGCAUCUGAUUGGCAUUUCUUUACCGAGACACCGGAAGAGAGUAUCAAAGCUAGACGAUAUCGAAAAGACUUGAUGUAUAUGUCCGGAGUUACUACUCAGGAAGCAGCUUUUCUUUUAUAUAAUAAUGCAACUUUAGCAAGAACCGACUGGACAAUAACACCCGAGAUAUUCGAUCAAAAAGUCUGGGAGUUGGUUUUGCGAUAUAAUUACACUCUGAAUCCUUGGGGUGUUUACGAAGCUAUUAAAUAUAUGUACACUUAUUGGCCUGAUCCAAUGAACGUCACGCAUGUUAGGAAUCAAUACGUAAACUUACUCUCAGACUUCCAUUACGUUGCACCGCAUGAUAAAAUUGCCAAGCUCCUGGUCGAGCGAAACGUACCUGUCUUUUUAUAUGUAUUAAAUACAACGAUCGAAGCAUUUAAUUUGCCACAGUGGCGAAGUGUACCUCAUGAUAUUGAACAUGCUUUGUUAACUGGGGCUCCAUUUAUGGAUACGGAAUUCUUCCCAGAGAAAUUGAAAUUCAAAAGAGACAUGUGGACUGAUAAUGAUCGAAAUAUGAGUCAUUUCUUCAUGAAAGCUUACUCAAAUUUUGCUACUUGGGGAAAUCCAACGCCAUCGCAAAUUUUGGGACUCCACUUCGAUAUGGCGAAAUUUGGCCAAUUGAAGUAUUUGAAUAUCAAUACAACCUAUAAUAGUACGAUCGAAAUCAAUUAUCGACAGACUGAGAGCGCAUUUUGGUCGCAGUACUUACCCACGGUAAUUGGUCGUUUAGUACCCACGUAUCCACCGACUACGGAGUACUGGUGGGAACCAAAGCAGCCACUCCAAAUAGCAUUUUGGUCGAUGUCGACAGCCUGUCUUCUACUCAUCGUCAUGGCAGUGGUGUGCUGCAUGCUUUGGCGUAACGCCAAAAGACAGUCAGAUCACUACUAUAGCGGAGAUAUCUUGAUGGUACGAGACGACGACACCUCCGAAGGAAUCGACAAUCUAACCCGAGCAUCUAAAGAAAAUGUAUACGAGUAUCGCGACACACCACCAGUUCGUACGCGAAUGCAGCAUUUGCGAGCCCAACAUCAGCAGCAGCAACAGCAACAUGAUAUCAAACUUCAACAACGUUUAGCUCAAAAUCGAAAAUUUAGUUCGACGCCGUCGCUGAGAAGUAAUUCGAAUACUUCAUUGAAAGAGAGAGGAGAAGAUUUCGUGACGAGUUCACCGAAUGGGCAACCAAGAAAUACUAUUAACAGGGCAUCCAGUCAGAGUAGUCUGCCGAAAAGUAAGAGUAAGACGCAUCUUAUACAAGGUGUACCGCAGACGGCUGUGUGAGAUCUUCUGUUAUGGACGUUGUUUCUAAUUUUCGAGUGGUGAGCUAUUUAUUUUGUUUAGUGUGUUCGUUGGUUGGUCUUGGCGAUUGAGAUACAAUAGAAUAUUGUGGCCUUAGAUUACAGUGUCUUCGUGUGUACUAUAGUUUGAUGAAAAAUAGGAGUUUGUGAUGGUAACGCGACACAGGAUUACAUUGUCGAAAAUAUUAAUUUGUGGAUGAUAAAUUCUUUUAUGCUUGUUGAUGAUCUUGUUGUAACUUAAAGGAAUGCCAUACCUCUAUUUUGCCGAUUUUUUCUUUGAAGCGUAUUUUCUCCUAAAAUACGCAUCGUAGGAUGUUCAUACUUCGGCUCGUAAUUGAUUAUUAGAUAAUAAAGUGAAUACGGUGUUGAUGAAAUAGACAAAAAUUGUUUAUGUCCACAGCAACAUUUCACAGUGACUGUUUAUUUUUUUUUAAUAAAAUUGUUGAUCUAAUUUUUUUCUAGAAAAAUAAUUUUUGUUAAUUUCAUCAACGGUUGAUCGUAUUUCGUUUUGUUAUCUAAUAAUCAAUUAAUUGCUAAAGUAUGAACAAUAUCUGAUGCCUAUUUUAAGAAAUAAUAUGCCCCAAUGAAAAAGCCGGCAAAACAGAGGUAUGGCUUCUUGUUAAAACCUACGCCAUACCGAAGAAACUGAAAUAUUGUUUUGUGUAAAAUAUCAUGUGGUGCUUUUAUAAGUAAAACCAGUUUGAAAUGUAAUUCUCAAUCGUCAAUUUUUAUCAGCAAAGUUCAUAUGUUAUUCACACAAAAAUGUUGUUAGGCUGGAAUAAGUGUGUAAAAUUGUAUGGGUGUGAAAACAGCACGGCGUCUGUCGUAAUGCUUUUUAAAUCUAGAGAAACCAAGUUCGAAGUGCAAGUAUAAACCUUUUUAAUACUUUAUGUUGCAUAAUUUUUCAUGAUUACCAUUUUGUUGGCUGUCCAGUUGUAGUUACAUCGCUUUAGAAUCAUAUGUACAAGUAUAUCUUUUAUAAGAAGCGUAUAGCUUUUUAUAUAAUUUUUUUAUUAUUUUACAUGAUGUAUAAUUGUAAGGAUUGACGACAAAAAGUAUGUAUGUAUUGUAUAUAUGACAAUAAUUUGAAUUAUUGCUCUUUUAAAGGUUUUUACAUCGUGAAAUAGUAUAACUUAAAUUUGAGAAAGUUUGAUAACACCGUACAUGUUCUUUUUUUAUUAAGUAUUACUUAAAGUUUUCUCUCUAACGUUGUCUUUAUGAGUGACUUUUUUAUACGAUGAUGCCCACUGCCAUCAUAAUAUUUUUCGCCAUCGUUAUUUUUUUAGUCAUUCCAAUUUUUUACUUUUUAGCUGUUAAGUAUAACAUAUCCGUCCAAUAAACUUAUGAAAUUUAUUAUGUAUAAUCUAUAUGGUAUUCCUCUAUUGUAUAUUUUAAAUUGUAUUUUAUAAAAUUAUUGAUCCUAUUUACGAUUUGGUAACUUAUAAAAACUUAAUAAUAAUUUUGCAAUUUGCAUAGAUAAUUUAGAAUAUCGAAUUAGUAAAAAUUAUUAUUUAAUAUCUAUUUAGAAUCAAAAUCAUGACUGCAAACUAUGAGUGAAUGACUAUUCACAUUUUAAUUAGAUGCGAGUAGUAUUUUUUAUUAUUUAAGUUAGCGAUUUUUUAUUAAUAUAAUAAUUUGUUCGUAUCGUAACGAACGGAAAAUAAACAAAGUAAACUUCGAGCUUUAAAAAUCAUUGUUUAUAGUUAGAUAUCACUGAUCUCAUUUGUUAAUCACCGAUUUUCGCAAUUUAGAUUGUAAGUUUAAUUACAAUGAAAUUUAUUAAAAUCACCGACUAACAUAUCAAAUGUCUCAUUGUCCAUUAUAUCAAGUAGAAUGCAACACCAAGCAUUUGUCAAUAGUUUUAAUUAAAUAUCCAUAACUAUAGUUUUUAUAUAUUUUGUUACAGACAUCAGAUAAAAUUACAUAUUUUUUGUAUAUGAAAGCGACUCAAAUAUAUCUUUUAUUGUACUGAAGAAAAUGAGUUAUUUUUGACUUAAUAACAUUUUUUUAUCUCAACUAAUAUCAACGUAAAAUUGGUAUAAUCGGAUAUUUAAAGUGUUCAUAUUAGCUUUUAGUAAAUUACAGUUUUAUAUGAAAUGAUUUCUGAAAUAAUAUAGUCGAUGAUUUAUUCAUGGCCAUUAUAUCUCAAACCUCAGCAUGUAAAUAAAAUCUUAUUUCAAAAUUGUACUGUAUACUUUAAUAAAAAUAUUUCUUACGAAUAUUUACAACUAUUGAUCUCUGAAGUUAGCGCGUGAAAGUUAGUAGAUACCUUUCACUUCCUAUGUUUACUUUUUGAUAUAUAUAUAUUGUACUAUAGCCUGUCAAGAAGUUUUACUUGAAUCAAAUGGUUAACAAAAACGGAAAGAAAAAAUCAAAGGUAUCAUUACCAAUUCGGUAUAAUAAUCACUGCUUGUACAGAAAACAAAGAAAUAUAUUUUAAAAUUGAUUUCAAAUAAUGUUGAUGUGCAGCGUGAUAUCAGAAACAAACGUUAUAUCUCAAUAAAUUGUGCUCAUUGCCAUUAAUAGUAAUUUGGUUCUUUUCAAAAAAUGAAAUUUUCGUGAUAAAAUUAAACCUUCCAAGAUACUCAAAAAUCCUCCUGUUCACAAACCACAAUCAAUAUAAUUUUUUUUUCUUGAAGAAAUGUCUGACAGGCUCAGGUCCCGAGCGUCCGAACCGUGCCGAGG